CCAGCUUCUUACCCCGGUCCGACCUAGCUUUGUCCAAGUAAAGGUGCCAAUCUAAGGCCUUCCGUGUAUGUUAUCACCGAUAACUGAGGAAAAAUGACCGCUAGCAAGGUCUUCUUUUUGUCAUUUCCCUCAGUCGCGCCACCGAAAGUGGGUUGCCAUCACCUGGCCAAAAACGGAUUCAACCUCCGACGUUAUUGUACUGCUUGCAAAUACUUGACUUUGGCCGGCCAAUAUAUAUAAUGCAUCGAGCCUUUGACCAACACGACCCGGUUGCAUCCUUCCCCAUCAGCGACUUUCUGCUCUCUACGUGCACCGUCAUUGCAAAAAACUACUUAGAGAGGUCCACGUUUGGUGUCUGCCUCUGUCUCCCCAAUGUUCCAACAGACACCCGUCCCUCGAACUCUCAACAAGGAACAUUAUUCCUUCCUCGAUACCACAUCUCCCGAGGAGGCAACAUGGUCAACGACAACGCCGGGAAAGGCUACCUACGACGCUGAAGCCGAGUUGCUUAUUCGAAAUAGCAUUCCUUUUCUUCCGCAGGAUCCCCCUCGUCCUUCCCAUCGUCGUGGUCGAGCACCGGAUUCCCUGAUAUUCGGGGAGCCUGAGGAAACGACGGAGGACGCAUCACACAGUCCCUCUCAUGAGGCGCCACCUGACUUGUCUACGAUACUGUCUAUGUUAGAUGCCCAAAUUCUUCAAGAGGAAGAUGAGCUUGACGAAGAGUUGGAAUUCGUCCCCCUCUACGCUCCAGUAGAACCAGUCCAAAAUUCAUCAUCUCAAUUCCAAGACACGUCCCGGACACCUCGUCCCGAUUCUACGACCACUCCAGGCAACGACGUCCCAUUUUCUCAGCCAAUGCCACCCACAGCUUCUGCACCCGCCGUCCCUCAACCCAACGGCUCCUCACCUAUCACCCAGCCCACUCCUUCUGUCAUCGUCCACGAUGCCAUCCAAGUACCUAUAUAUGACACUGAGAUGGAGGAGCAUCUUCACCCGCCUCUGAAUAAAUCGUCCGAUGAAUUUUCCUCUGAAGAAGUACAAGUUGUGUCAUUGACUCAAUGUCACGUACCAAUCAUGCCACCUCCGCCGUCUAGUUGCCAGUCUCCUCCGCGGCCCACUUCACCGCAACCUUCGCAUACGCAACUGUCUCUAGGAGAGCUGCAGCGGCAUCUCGCUGAAGCGGUCACCCAGGCGGUCGUCAGUAAUCUCAACGUAACAGAGUUUGCUCGAGGAUCCAUGGACAUCCAACAUGUUAAUCAGCUGGUCCCGCAACUUGUGUAUGAUAUGCUACAGCAGUUUCCACAAUUGUGGGAAGUGCAGACAUUGCUCUCCAUCCAACUGUCGGAUGUCGAGGCAUUGGCCGUGCAGGUGGUAGAACAGUUUCUGACGAUGGUGAAACUAGCGCAAUCGCAAGACCAGCAGAUUCAUCAGCUCGCCGCCACUGCAUCCUUGACGACCGACUCCAUCAGACCACACGAGGACAACUCCCCUAGGUUGGGUGCUUCACCUGAGAGUUAUCUUGAAGUUGCGAUCGAACAAGAACAAGAGUCUCAGCAGUACUUCGCCAGUGAUUUCCAAUUCAUGAAAUUGAAGGACAGACUACCCUCAAUACCUGAAGUCUCUGAAGUUCCGGCAUUUGUUCUGCUUUUCCGGGAUACCUAUCCACAACUUGAAGACGAGGCGAUCUGGAAGAUUGUCAUGUGGUUCCAUCCUGAACUACAUGACAAAAAAAAUCUAGACGAUACCUUUGUUCUGCGAGAGGAAGCCGUGAAGGCGGCUUUGGCUGAAGUUCGAAACUGGAGAUUUCCUUGCUCUGAUGCAGGCUGGGCUAUAUCCGCAGAAGAAUUCUUUCCCUCGUCGCAAGGAACGGUGCUUCCUGAAGGCGUCCUUUUCCUGGAGCAUGAAUCGAGCAUUGGCUCUACACCCUGCUCCCCUUCACCACCACCCACUCCUUGUCAAGAAGAUUUACCUCUAGGCACAAUGUUCGACGAACAUGAAGAGGUCCAACUGGAGGUCCAUUUUUCGUCAACUUGUUAUUCAGCUUUGAUUGACGAUGUGUCCAGAACCACGAGGAGUUUUGUGACAACUUGGAUUGUUGGUCUUUCGCUCCUCAACUGACUUGGUCGCAUAUCUAUGUUUCGUCGUAUGUCCCGGAGACAGAAGACUGCCG